UUAAUUAAGCACUUGUGACUAUUUUCUAGUCCCUUGCAAAUUGACGGAGAAACAGAAACUGAUGACGGAAAAGCAAGAAGCGAAAAGGCAUGGCCGUAGGUUGGUGGUUGUGGUAUAUCCUUUCCAAGGCCACAUAAAUCCCAUGCUUCAGCUCGCCACCAUCCUCAACUCCAAUGGCUUUUCAAUCACCAUACUACACCCAGAAUUCAACUCUCCGAACCAUUCAAACUACCCUGACUUCAGCUUCGUCUCCAUACCAGACGGCUUGUCUAAAACCAAUACUGUCUCUGUCUCGCCUGGGGAUUUGGCGGCCACCAUAUCGGCCAUUAACAGGAAUUGUGAAGCUCCAUUUCAGCGGUACAUGGAGCAGAUUUUGGAAGCAGAGGAUCCACCGGAUCGGGUCGCCGGUGUUAUUUUUGAUGGGUUCAUGUACUUUGCUCAACGGGUGGCUAAUCAUCUGAAACUUCCCGGGAUUAGUGUGCGUACAAGUGCGGCCGCCUCCUUGUUUGCCUUCGCUGUCUUUCGUCAUCAUGACGGCCACGGCUAUAUCCCCUUCCAAGAUUCUCUCAGUCAAUUAGACCAAGUGCCUGAGCUCGAGGCCCUUAAGCUUAAGGACAUAAUAGUAUCCGCGGCAGCAAAUCCAGCCUUAUUGGAGCUGAGAGCCGUCUUGACAGAAACAACAAAAAACGCUUCAGCAGUAAUAGUGAACACAAUCCACUUCCUUGAACAACAAACACUAACAAAAGUACAGGAAUGUUUCCAAGUUCCAAUUUUUCCCAUUGGCCCUUUUCAUAAACUAGCUCCAUCUUCAUCUAGUUCACUACUAGAGGAAGACACAAAUUGCAUUUCCUGGCUUGACAAACAAGCCCCAGAAUCUGUUAUUUACGUGAGCUUUGGCAGCAUGACAAGCAUGGAUGAAAACGAGCUUCUGGAGAUAGCCUCAGGCCUAGCCAACAGCGAACAGCCUUUUCUGUGGGUGGUUCGACCCGGUUCAGUUCGUGGCCCGGAAUGGGCCGACGAGCUUUUGCCCAAGAGCUUCUGGGAAAGAGUAGAAGAAGGAAGAGGCUGCAUUGUGAAAUGGGCACCGCAAAAGGAAGUGUUGGCACAUGGAGCAGUUGGAGGAUUCUGGAGCCACUGCGGCUGGAAUUCAACCCUAGAAAGUGUUUGCGAAGGGGUUCCGAUGCUAUGCCGACCGUUUUUCGGGGACCAACUUUUGAGUUCGAGGUAUGUGUGUCGUGUAUGGAAGAUAGGCUUGGAGAUGGAGGGUGUAUUGGAGAGAGGGAAGAUAGAAAAAGGGAUUAGAAGACUGAUGGUGGAUAGUGAAGGAGUAGAGAUAAGGCAAAGAGCCAAGGGUUUAAAGGAAAAAGCUGACUUUUGUUUGAGCGAGGAUGGUUCAUCCUACAAUGCCUUGAAUGAAUUGGUGCAGCAUAUACUCUCAUCCUGAUGUGAGGAUGUAUGAAGCCAAAUUUCAGUGAUAAGCAUGCAUCAUGCAUGGGAUACUUCAACUCAGGUUAAGAUGUAAGCUUCUUCUUCUUCUUCUCCUUGAAUGAAUUGGUGCAGCAUAUACUCUCAUCCUGAUGUGAGGAUGUAUGAGGCCAAAUUUCAGUGAUAAGCAUGCAUCAUGCAUGGGAUACUUCAACUAAGGUUAAGAUGUAAGCUUCUUCUUCUUCUUCUUCUUCUUUGAAACUGUGAUUGUAAAGUUUGGGUAAGUUGUCUUUAAAUACUGCACUGUUUGUUAUCAAUAAAAUAAGAUCGUGGAUCAAUUGUUCUGUGAAA